CGAACCUCAACGAACCCGGCCCGUCAUAAAUUGCCCGCUGACUGGAAGCGCAUCAUGAUUGAUGGUGUCCCUCAGAAUACUCUUCAUCCAUGUUACAAUGACUCGGAUCCUAGCCUAUUUAUAACUUGCCAAUCGUUCCUAUCCUUCCAAUGACAAUGACAACGAAUGAAAAGGUCGACCCGAUAUCACCAGAAGAAGUAAAAGUAACACACGAAGACGGUAUUCCACUUGUGGAUCCAAGGAACGGUACCGAUAUAAUCAGACAUCGCUCAGAGGCCUACUACACCCAGUUUCUAUCCGACGCUGCUCUUCAGAGGAAGCCAAGUGCAAUUCACGCCCUCGUCCCACUCGAACAAACCCCCGGGGUCGUUUCCCUCUUGGCCGGAAAACCAAACUCCACCACGUUCCCAUUCACACAACUGACCUUUACCGCACCCGAUCCGAGUCCUUAUACCGAAAUCUCGUCCUCCUCCUCCUCGCGGGCCAUCAUUUCAGUCACCCUAAAAGAGGAUUUACUAUCCCAAGGGCUUCAAUACACUGCUACACCAGGCAUGGACGGUCUUAUUGAGUGGUUUGAACAAUUACAGGAACGGGUACAUGGGAGGAAUGCUCGUAGGGAAGGGUGGAGUGUUAGUGUGGGGUGUGGGGCGAGGGAGUUGGUAGGGAAGAGUAUUGAAGCCUUCGUCAACCCAGGAGGACCGGUUUUGGUCGAUGCAGAUACGAAGUUACACCUUCAUCAAAUCCCGAUUUUCCAAGUCCAUUCAUGUCGUAUCAUCGACAUCCCAACCGACUCCUUCGGAAUCCUCCCCUCUACUCUCGAAACCAUCCUCGAAACCUGGAACGUAACACCUACAAAUCCCCGUCCCAAAAUUCUAUUCACCAUACCCUAUGGCGUCGGACCUGAAACGUGCAGGGAAAGGAGACUGGAGGUUUUGAAAGUUGUGAGGAAGUGGGGUGUUAUCAUUUUAGAAGAUGACCCGUACUACUACCUCACCCCACCAUCCAAACGCGCGCGCGCCGAGUGUUCUUCGUAUUUCGCUCUGGAAACAGAACUUUCAAGUGAAGCAGGAGUAGUAGGAUAUGGACAUGUCGUUCGCUACGAUACACUAACUACAACACUCGGUCCUGGGUUGGGGGUAGGGUGGAUAUCGGGGCCGGGGCCGUUGGUGGGUGUUGUGGAUACGUAUUCGUCCUCGGCGAAUCUUCAAGCGCCUAGUGUUAGUCAGGCUGUUGCGUUGGCUUUGUUGAGGGCUUGGGGGCAUGAGGGCUUUUUGAAGUAUGUAGAGGGUUAGCUCCGGCGUUUAGGUGUUUAGGUUGAGAAUGAGAAUUAUGGGUCAUAAAUGGGUGGGUGGGGUCUGACUCGGUCAGUGAUAAUCAUUCGGAAGAACGUCGACGUUUGGAUAUAUCUAUAAAUGCUUCCAUGUUGAUUUGACAAACGGCUUUCUCGUUUCCUAUGUUGCUAUUCGUCUAAACAACGGCCUCGUUGAUCUCAGAUAUGGACGUGCCUCGAAUUCGAGGCUGUUCUGAACACGCGGGUACCUAGUGGCUCGAACUGGCAUCCUGAAGUGACCAUUGCUUCCGGAAAUAUCUAUGCUCUUCGCUUCUAUUAGGAUCUCGGUGGGUUUGCGAUCGGAACGACUCCCUCCGGUUAAUGUAAUAACGAUAAUAGACCAUCGCAUCACCAUCGC